UCUGACAUGUUGUUCUUCUCACUCUCUCUCUCUCCUCUUCAAACUCAUAUGCUCUUUCUUUCUCUCUCUCUCUAAAAUGUUUCUUUACUUUUUCUCUUUGUAUAUAAAAAGAGAACUAAAAAAAUAAUGGCGGUUGUGUAUUGAUUGAUAUUGGAAGCUAAUAAAAGAGAGAGCUUUAGAAAGAGAAAAAAAGCCACACAACGAAGAAGUACUACACCACUACCACUACUACUACUACCCUUCUUACCACCAUUUCCAUUACUGGAAUCAAACUCAAAACCCAACUCUGGAUUUUCCAUAUGUCAGCAGUAGCAUGAAGUUGGUGAUUGGAAGAAGGUGAUCAGUGAAAGCGGAUGAGGCUGAAAUCAAUCUUGUUUUGCAGUGAAACUGGCUUUGGUUGAAGUUUUUGGUUUCUUUGUUUAAAAGUUUCAGACUUUGAGUGAAAGAAAGAAAGAAGAGAGAGAGAGAAAGAGAGAGUGAGAGGUGAGAAGAGAGAAACCUCUCUCUGUGCAUGGAGGACUGUAUUGGGAUUUAAAUGGGUUCCUUGUGGAGUCAAAAGAAAAGAAAAAUGAGGCUCUCUGCAGUUGGUUUUAGCCCUCAGCCCCAGGAAGGGGAGAAGAGGGUUUUGAAUUCUGAGCUAUGGCAUGCUUGUGCUGGUCCACUUGUUUCUUUGCCUGCUGUUGGAAGCAGGGUUGUUUACUUUCCACAAGGUCACAGUGAACAGGUUGCUGCAUCAACAAACAGGGAAGUGGAUGCACAUAUUCCUAACUACCCUAGCUUACCGCCACAGCUUAUUUGUCAACUUCACAAUGUGACGAUGCAUGCAGACAUUGACACCGAUGAAGUGUAUGCACAAAUGACUUUGCAACCACUAAGUCCGGAAGAACAAAAGGAGGCCUACCUUCCAGCAGAGUUGGGCGCUCCCAGCAAACAACCGACAAAUUACUUUUGUAAAACCUUGACGGCCAGUGACACAAGUACCCAUGGAGGAUUCUCAGUUCCUCGCCGGGCAGCUGAAAAAGUGUUUCCUCCCUUGGACUUCUCCCAGCAGCCACCAGCACAAGAGCUAAUUGCGAGGGAUCUUCAUGAUAAUGAAUGGAAAUUUAGACAUAUAUUCCGUGGCCAGCCAAAAAGACAUCUCCUUACAACUGGUUGGAGUGUUUUUGUUAGCGCUAAAAGACUUGUCGCUGGUGACUCGGUGCUUUUUAUCUGGAAUGAAAAAAAUCAGUUACUCCUUGGCAUCCGGCGAGCAAAUAGGCCUCAAACUGUGAUGCCUUCAUCAGUUUUAUCGAGUGACAGCAUGCACUUGGGGCUUCUUGCUGCUGCUGCUCAUGCAGCUGCAACAAAUAGUCGCUUCACAAUUUUUUAUAACCCAAGGGCUAGUCCAUCUGAAUUUGUCAUUCCCCUGGCCAAGUACGUCAAAGCAGUUUAUCAUACACGAGUUUCUGUUGGUAUGCGCUUUAGAAUGCUGUUUGAAACAGAAGAAUCAAGCGUUCGUCGAUACAUGGGCACGAUAACUGGCAUAAGUGAUUUAGAUGCUGUUCGGUGGCCUAAUUCACACUGGCGCUCAGUCAAGGUGGGCUGGGAUGAAUCGACGGCAGGGGAUAGGCAGCCGAGAGUGUCCCUGUGGGAGAUUGAGCCGCUAACAACAUUCCCCAUGUAUCCAUCACCAUUUCCCCUUAGGCUUAAAAGACCUUGGCCACCGGGACUUCCUGCGUUUCACGGUAUGAAAGAGGACGACCUUGGCAUGAACUCUCAGCUUAUGUGGCUUCGAGGAGAUUAUGGAGACCGUGGAAUCCAAGCUCUAAAUUAUCAGGGUGUUGGGCUCUCACCAUGGAUGCAGCCAAGGUUCGACGCCUCAAUGCUUGGUCUGCAACCUGACAUGUACCAAGCUAUGGCUGCUGCUGCACUUCAAGAAAUGAGGGCAGUUGAUCCGUCGAAACCAAUACCGACUUCCCUUCUGCAAUUCCAGCAGACUCAAAUCCCAAACAGAUCUGCUGCUGCUGCUGCUUUGAUGCAAUCCCAAAUGAUGCAACAAUCUCAACCUCAACAGGUGUUUCUCCAAGGCAUGCAGGACAAUCAGCAUUCAACACAGCCACACCUUCUUCAGCAACAAUUGCAACAACAGCAUUCAUUCAAUAGCAGUAAUCAGCAACAGCAGCAGCAGCAGCAGCAACAGCUGCCUUCACAACAGCAACAGCAGCAACUAGUUGACCACCAGCAAAUUUCAAGUGCCGUGUCUCCAAUGUCCCACUAUUCUUCAUCUUCUCAAUCACAAUCACCGUCCAUGCAGACCAUCUCUUCAAUGUGUCAACAACAGAGUUAUCCCGAUUCAAAUGGAACUGCUGUGACCACCAGCAUUGUUUCUCCCUUGCACAGCAUAUUGGGUUCAUAUCCACCAGAUGAAUCAUCCCACUUGCUCAACAUGCCUAGGAGCAACAUAUCCUCAUCGGUCUGGCCAUCAAAGCGUGCUGCAGUUGAACCUCUUAUAUCUUCUGGACCUCAAUGUGUUUUGCCUCAAGUUGAACAGUUGGGGCAGCCACAGAAUAAUCUCUCCCAGAAUUCUGUUUCGCUGCCACCCUUUCCUGGCAGGGAGUGCACGAUUGACCAAGAAGGGAAUACCGAUCCACAUAGCCAUCUUUUGUUUGGUGUCAAUAUAGAACCCUCAUCUCUUCUUAUGCAGAAUGGAAUGUCAAAUCUUAGGGGAGUAGGCAGUGAUAAUGACUCCACAACUGUACCGUUUCCUUGUUCUAGUUACAUGAGUACUACAGGAACCGAUUUUUCACUUAAUCCUGCAAUUACACCUUCCAGUUGCAUCGAUGAAUCCGGUUUCCUGCAGUCUCCAGACAAUUCAGGCCAAGGAAACCAACCGUCCAGAACCUUUGUUAAGGUUUACAAGUCAGGGUCCUUCGGGAGGUCAUUAGAUCUCACCAAAUUCAGCAGCUACCAUGAGCUGCGAAGUGAACUUGCUCGCAUGUUCGGCCUUGAAGGCGAGUUGGAGGACCCCCUGAGAUCAGGCUGGCAGCUUGUAUUUGUUGACCGGGAGAACGAUGUUCUUCUCCUUGGCGAUGACCCCUGGCAGGAGUUUGUCAAUAGCGUCUGGUGCAUUAAGAUACUUUCACCGCAAGAAGUGCAACAGAUGGGCAAACGAGGCUUGGAACUUCUCCACUCAGUCUCGAUGCAGAGGCUUUCCAACAACAGUUGCGACGAUUACCCGAGCUGUCAAGAUUCAAGAAACUUGAGCUCAGGGAUAACGUCGGUGGGGUCACUCGAAUACUGAACAUUUUAACCGGUUAAAAAAAUACCCUUUCUCUUUCUGUAAUAUAAGCAUCUAUUUCCAAACCCCUUCCAAGGGUGGGAAGUCAUAGAUAGCCUAAUCCUCUCUCUAAGUAGCUUACUUUACAAGUUAAAAAUACUGUAAGUAAAGGAUAUAUACAACAUUAUAUUUUUUGUUAUCUUUUGCUAUUGGAUUCAUGUCAUAUAUAUUUUUAUAUAAA